AGCGACGUGGAAGCGUGUGCGUCCAACGUGGAGUACGCCUGUCUCCUGAAUCUCCUGUUGCAGACGAUCUUGCGCUGGCGUGACUCCAUCUCCUCCUCCGCGCCUCCCUAUCCAACCAUCGAGUUGGCCAUCUCAUUGGCGCAUUCGAAGCUAUAG